AUGUCCGCGGAACAGAUUACAGCGCAAGUCCAGAGCUCUACAGGCUUGUGCAUAUCUCCGACAUGGCUCAGCAGCUUCCUAGCUUCCUCCAGCGCACAGCGUAAUCUCCCCGCACCCGCCCUCAUCAAGACAGCUCUGUUUCGCGUUCUCGGCUCCGAUUUUCGUGAAUCUCUCUCUAGAAACCCGACCUCCGUGUUUCCCAGCGAUGUCUCUGACCCAAGGAUACAAGAAAGACGCCUACAAGGCCCAAUCCCCGUCCAAGUUCUCGACAUCGAAGACAUAGGCACCAGCCUUUGGAGCCAAGUUGAAGCAAUUGAGCGCGUAGAACGCGGUGAAGCGAUUCGAGGGCGUGAAAUUGUGCGCACAAUCUCUGUGGGCGAGGAUGCAGAGGCAGCGGAGAACAAUGGUUCAGGAAACCCUGCCGCGUCGGGUAACAGUGGCUCUGGACCGCAUCGAUUGAUUAUUCAGGAUGCAGCUGGGACAAAAGCUAUGGCGAUUGAGAUGCAGAAGAUGGAGGGUCUUUCGCUUGAGAAGCUGGCUGUCGGAGGGAAACUUUUGCUGCGGGGCGUGACAGUUGCGAGGGGGAUAAUUCUUCUGGAUCCCGGGUGUGCUACUUUGCUUGGAGGGAAGAUCGAGGCGCUAGAUAGGCCAUGGAAGGAAGGUAGAAAGUCAAGGUUAUUGGAGCGAAUCGCUUCAAUGGCGGCAGAGGAAGCGCAAGCGGAUGGAGGUACGAGAAGACGCUGA